UUCAUGGGAUAUACUUUUUUCAAAUCGGAAUAAAUUGUUGACUCUAUUAGUGAGCAGUUCAUUCUUAAUGCCCCAAUGUACUUUCUGCUUGGAAGCUUGAACUUCACCAAUCUGGUUGGGGUCCUUGUGAUUCUUGCUCUAUCGUUCCUUGUGUUAUGGAGAUCAAGAUCAUCAUCAUCGAGCAAGCUCAAAACAGCACCAGAAGCUGCAGGUGCAUGGCCCGUGAUAGGCCACUUGCCCAUUCUAGCAAAAUCCAAGCUUCCCCACAAGACCUUAGCAUCCAUGGCCGACGAGUUCGGACCCAUCUUCGCCCUCAGGCUCGGGUCGUUUCCGGUCGUGGUGGUGAGCAGUUCUGAGAUAGCCAAAGAAUGCUUCACCAAACAUGAUGUCGCCUUCUCCUCUCGUUCGCGGCUUCUGUUCUUUGAAAUUCUGGGUUAUGACUAUGCCUUGUUCGCGUUCGCUCCCUACGGUCCGUACUGGCGCGAGGUGAGGAAAAUCGCCACCUUGGAGCUGCUCUCUAACCGGAGGAUCAAGUCAUUGCUCAACCCGGUACUGGCCUCUGCGACGGAUCUCGCCAUUAAAGAGUUGCACAGGCUUUGGAGUGAGAAGAAGGAUGAUUCAGGCCGUAUCUUGGUAGACUUGAAGCAAUGGUUUGCGAAGCUGACUCUGAAUGUGAUCCUUAACGUUGUAGCCGACACGGGCCACUACAGCAGCACUGCCAAGAUGGAUGAGGAAGAGGAGCAGCGGUGCCACGAGGCAGUGAGGGAGUUCUUCCGUUUGAUGGGGACGUUUACAGUGGCGGAUGCUCUGCCUUUCUUGCGGUGGCUUGAUUUGGGUGGGCAUGAGAAAGCCAUGAAGAGGACUAUGAAAGAAUUGGACACAAUCCUAAGUAAUUGGUUAGAGGAACACAAAAGGAAGAAGAAGGUCGACUUGGACAAGUCUCAGGGUGAUCGAGAUUUCAUGGACGUCAUGAUUUCAACUCUUAACGGCAUGGAUAUCGCAGGUUAUGAUGCUGAUACCAUUGCCAAAGCCACAUGCUUGGCGAUGAUAGCAGGAGGUAGCGAUACAACCAUGGCCACCCUAACAUGGGCGAUCUCUCUGUUGUUGAACAACCUCCCCAUCCUAGAAAGAGUUCAAGGAGAACUUGAUAAUCACAUUGGCAAGCAAAGACAUCUGAUCGAGUCGGACAUCGCCAACUUAGCCUUCCUCCAAGCUAUAGUAAAGGAGACCCUCCGCCUAUACCCAGCAUCCCCCCUCUUUGGACGCCAAUCCACUGAGGAUUGUAUCAUUGGUGAGUACCAUGUGCGCAAAGGCACGAGGAUGAUGUUCAACUUAUGGAAAAUCCAAACCGAUCCCAGGCUGUGGCCUGACCCUUUGAAGUUUCAGCCAGAGAGGUUUUUGAGUAGCCAUAAGGAUCUCGAUGCAAAGGACCAUAAUUUUGAGCUCUUGCCAUUUGGAGGUGGUAGAAGAAUUUGUGCUGGAAUGUCCUUUGCACUCCAGUCGCUGCAUUUUGUCUUGGCUAGGUUCUUGCAUGCGUUCGACGUUUCUACUCCUGGCAAUUCCCCAGUGGACAUGUCCGAGGAUUUUGGAGCAACCAUAAAAAAGGCAAGGCCACUUGAAGUUAUGCUGGCACCAAGAUUACCUCGUGAGUUGUACGACUCAGUCUAGAGCGUGAAAUGAUGAAGAGUCUGUUAGAAUACGCUAAUUGGAAGUACUAGUUGAACGAACGAGUAUGGGCUUUGCGUAUUUAGCUCAGAAAGUCAUUCGCAUUCACACAUCAUGGACAACGGUGACUUUGAUCUUGUAUGUUCUUCCUACAUUAAUGGAAUAGUGGUAGUUCUUCAUAUAA